CCCAACUGCACGAACGCUUCGUUCCGCUUCAUAGAUUCUGAGACGAAACUUCGACUGCCGACGGCUGAGCUCUGGUUCAAGUGAAGCUAACUGUGGCGAAAAAGCUCAUGCAAGCGGUUCAAUACAGUGCUUAUGGUGGAGGGCCUUCUGGCUUAAAGCAUGUUGAAAUCCCGGUUCCCAUCCCAAACAAGGAUGAGGUAUUGCUGAAAUUGGAGGCAGCAAGCCUAAACCCUUUUGAUUGGAAAGUUCAGAAAGGCAUGCUGCGGCCUUUGUUGCCUCGCAAGUUUCCUCACAUCCCUGGUACUGAUGUUGCAGGAGAGGUCGUACAGGUUGGACCGGAAGUCAAAAAUUUCAAAGCCGGUGACAAAGUUGUUGCUAUGGUUAACCCUCUUAGUGGAGGUGGCCUAGCAGAGCUAGCCGUGACAAAAGAGAGCUUGACUGUUGCAAGGCCUCCCAAAGUUUCAGCAGCCACUGCUGUAGGAUUACCUGUUGCUGGUCUCACUGCUCACCAGGCACUCUGUCAGUCUGCCGGGGUCAAGCUUGAUGGAAGCGGCCGGGAAGCGAACAUUCUGAUCACAGCUGCCUCAGGCGGUGUAGGUCACUAUGCAGUUCAAUUGGCCAAGCUCGGGAACACUCAUGUGACAGCUACUUGUGGUGCUCGCAACAUAGAAUUUGUCAAGAGCUUAGGGGCUGAUGAGGUUCUUGACUACAAGACUCCAGAAGGAGCAGCUCUAAAGAGUCCAUCUGGACGGAAAUAUGACGCUGUGAUCCAUUGUGCGACAGGAAUUUCAUGGUCAACUUUUGAGCCUAAUUUAAGUGUCAAUGGUAAAGUUAUAGAUAUUACUCCUGGCAUCAAUGCAAUGAUAAGUUUUGCUGUAGGAAAACUAACCUUUUCCAAGAAGCAACUAGUGCCGUUGCUCUUGGCUCCCAAGGCAGAGAACCUGGAUUACCUUCUGAAGUUGGUGAAAGAAGGGAAGCUUAAGACAGUAAUCGACUCCAAGUAUCCCUUGGCCAAGGCUGAAGAGGCUUGGGCUAAGAGUAUUGAUGGGCAUGCUACUGGAAAAAUAAUUGUGGAGGCUUAGUAGGUACUUGGAAUUCACCAGCUUUAUGUAUAGUUAUAUUCCUACUGUGAGUUGCUGUAAAUGAUGAUUCUUGAGGUUCCUGUUUAUCUUAUUGUGGUUAUAAAAUCAAUCAGA